GGACCUCUCAUCGGAUAUUCGAUGUGAUCCGCCGUGAUUAGAACAUACCUCACGCCAACAGUUCAAAAGGACCACACAGUGCCAAAAGGUGCCAGUCGUCGAAAGAUUCUAGGUUUGCUUCAUCUACAACAACAAGCAAGUCGAACAACAAGUGAAAUUUUGAUUUGUAGUACCGUAUUUUCUCGGAUCCAAAGGACCUCAUUUGGAAUCCAAGCGCUCUAUUCUAUGUCCAACAUGCGUGUCCACGAGGGCCACAGUCACUCGACUGUGUGCCAUGAACCUAUGUGCGGAUCUAGUAGUGUUCGCUCGCCAUGCAUUUCCACCAGAGCGAAUUCAUGUUCCAACUCGCCAGAAAGAAAGCAAUGGCGCCGUAUGCGAAAGGCUCUUUUCCUUUUAACAAUACCAGGUAUGGUAUCGGGGAAAAUGCAGAUCGAUAAUAAUGCAGAUACUUCAACAAAUAAUAUAAAUACACAACCAGGACAUCCUUACACACCAGCUGGUAAGAAGAUCGUGUUCUGGGAAAGUCUGUAUAGGAGAAAAUCCAACUUCCACGAACACCUUGCUGGUCCUAUGUCUGACGCAAUCGAGGAAGACGAAGAAGAUGAGUUCACGUCGUUUGAUGAUUUUGAAAACAGAAGUUACAAUGACAACGAAAACGCACACGACAAUCGCAAUCUAAAAUCUAGCAGUGACUCUCGAAGCAGCGACGAAAACUUUUGGAAACAAGCUUGGAAAGAGGGAUGGGGGAACUCUGCAAACUAUGAUAAAUACAUCAACGGGGACGAUGAUUGGUCUAUCUACAUUGGUGAUGAAAACCCAACUCUUCUACCUCUCUCCACUAAUGACAUGUUCGGAUUCAUGUUGGCGUCACUGGGUGCUACGCUGGGAAGUCUGGGUGGCAUUGGUGGUGGGGGGCUUGUAAUCCCGUGUUACGUCGUCGUCACGAAAUUAGAUUUGAAGCAAGCCAUCCCGCUUGGUUCCGUUACGGUUUUGGGUGGCUCCAUUGCUGCUCUGAUGCUAAACAUGAAAAGGCGUCACCCUCUGGCAGACCGACCUAUUAUUGACUGGGAUUUGAUACUGGUGAUGGAGCCUUUGGUACUAGUGGGUACAAUAUUUGGUUCUAUCUUUCACCGUGUGAUGCCAGGGAAGGUCCUUUCGGUCCUCCUCGUUCUACUGCUGAGUAUUGUGGCUCAUACAACACUGACAAAGGCGAGACGGAUGUAUGAUGCCGAGAAACGGUACAUUGAGCACUUGAAAUCGGCCCGAUCUGAUUAUUUGACCAGGGUAGCAUCGUUUAGGACUGCCUUUCGAAUGUCAACGGGUGCCUGGAGCGAUGACGCCCUCCAUGGAGCUGGGAUGGAUCCAGAGAGCAAGGCUUCCUACUUGCCACCAGAACCGGUCAGAACAGAAUCUUUAGAUAGCCAAAGUCUAGCCACGACCCCUAUUUCUCCAAAAAUGGACAUGCACGAGCGACAGCGUAUAUUGAUUCUGAAUCCAGAUUUUGUCACACUGCGAUCGGAUAUGCUCGAACAAGAAAAGAUUACCCCGCGAGGGAAGGUCAUGGCACUGAUUGCAAAAUUUUCUGUUCUCAUGUUUUUGAAUAUCACGCUGGGGGGAGGUGCUUUCAGAAGUCCGUGGGGCAUUCAAUGUGGUGGUGUGGCCUUUUGGGUGGUGCAUAUCAUCAUGAUUGCGUUUUUGAUUUCAUCUGCAUGGGCAGCACAGGUAUGUACACCGAAUAGCUUCGGUUAGCAUUGUUUCAGUGGCCCUUGUCUAUCUGUUUGCCGUAUUUGUUGGUUGUUCGAAUUCCAUUGCCUCACGCACUAUCUUUAUCUUGUUACCAUACCUCUUCGCAGACGUACCUCGUUAACCGACACGAGCUGAAGGAGAUCAUUCGGUUCGAUUAUGUCCACGGCGACAUAAAGUGGGAUCAACGGAAAGCGAUCAUUUACCCGUGCUUCUUCAUACUGGCAGGUAUUUUUGCUGGAAUGUUUGGAAGUAAGUACAAAAGAGUCAGUUUCUUAUGUGAAUAUAUUGUAUCGUAUUUUGGUUAUGUCAUCUUACAUUUAUAAUUGUUUAUGAUUGCCUGCACGUAUAGUUGGUGGAGGAAUGAUUACAGUCCCAUUAAUGUUGGCGAUGGGUGUUCACCCAGCUAUUUGUACAGCGACGUCCUCCACAAUGGUGUUGUUCACUGUGAUGCUUUCAUCGAGUUCCUAUGCCGUGUUUAACUUGAUCCUAUGGGACUACGCUGUUGUUUGCUUUUGCAUUGGAUUUAUCGGCUCACUGAUUGGUAACGGUAUUAUGCAGAGGGCGAGAAAAACCGACACUGGAGCCGUGAAUUUCGAAAGAAACUCUUUCAUUGCAUAUUGUACUGGUUAUGUCAUUAUGCUGUGUGCCUUGUGUAUGACACUCCAGUACAUUUUACAGAUCGUUCUCUUCCAUGAUGAUAUGUCGAACUCAGAGGUGGGACUGUGCGCAGGUUAUAGAAUAAAUUAGCUUAUAUUCCUUCAACUCGACUAGAGCAAAGAAUACCCUAUGCAUUGUAUAU